AUGGCUGCCUUCUUCGACGACGAUCUGAUCGACUUUGAUCACGAGGCUGACUUUGGCACAGAUGCUGAAGGAGAGGGCGCCGCUGGCGCUGAGACCGGCGACUAUGACGACCAGAAUGGCUCUCUGGGCGCAGGCGCGGACUCGAAUGAUGAAGACGCAGAUCUGGGCGGAGGUUCCGUGGGUACUCUGCCUGGAAGCAAUGGAGUGAGAAGGCGCAAGCGCGGCUCUCGCGGCGGCGCCAAGGUCGCUCAACAGGCGAUGGACAGUUCCAAGCGAUGGAGGUCGGGAGCUGUGCCAUCGGUACCCACUUUCGACGGUGACAUCGAGGCCAAUCCGUAUUGUCUAAGACAUUACCGUCGACGCUUGAUGCGCUGGGUUCGCAUCACCAAGGAGUUCCUCCCCGCGAAUGAGCAGGCGCUUCGUGCUCUCGAACAACUUCGCGGCGAGGCUGAGCAAGAGUUCGAGGAAGUCGAUGAUGCCAGGUUUGAUCAUCCGGAUGGCAUCGGCCGCCUUCUGGCGGACCUUGAGGUUUCCUUCGGCGAACGCGAGAUCUUCAGGCAGGGCGGCACGAUCAGGGAGUUUGAGAACAUUGGGAGACUGCAGGGUGAAAGCAUUACGGCUUUUGUUCGGAGGUUUCGUUUGUUAGAAAGGAAACUUGCCGACAACAAGGUACCAGCUUACCCGGAGCAGGCCCUAGUGAUCAAGCUCCUGGACGGCCUCAAGAUCGACGAGCGCGCCACUUCGGCGCUUCUUCUGGCGGCGGGGAACAAGUACGACAUGCGGGCUAUCUUGGAGGCGAUCCGCAUCCAGUUCCCGCCGGGCAUGUCGGACUUCGGCGAGCUGGAAGGCGACGAGAACUACGGGGACCCUAACGAAGAAUGGGCCGAGGAAGCAGAUCUCUACGUGGAUGACACCAUCGAGGAGACUGGAGACGGCGAGGUCGAGAAUGAGGCCCCCGCAACCGAGCAUCCCGACGGCGCCGAUGAGGGUGCCGACGACUAUUCCCAUGACUACGACAACGCCCAGCAGGAGUUCGAGGCGCUGAUUUCCGCCGCGAAUGCACUGACCGUUACCUCGAAGAAGCUGGCCACCAUCGCUCAAGCUCGUGGCUACUACGCUGUCGAGGGCAAGGGCAAAUCGAAAAAGGGCGGAAAUCCGCCAAAGGGCAAAGGCAAGGGCAAAGGGAAGGGCAAGAGCAAGGGCAAGCCCUUUGCAAAAGGCCCUCCCAAGGGCCAAGGCAAGGCCACCGGUGCUGAUGCGCAGAAGCAAGCUAGACUUCGAGGCGCCUUGUGUCUCGGAUGCGGGUCAUCGGAGCACUGGGUCAGGGACUGUCCCACUACGAGUGUGUAUCAAGCCCAGCUCGCGAGUGUUGAUGUGGAGCUCGAUCCUGAAGGUUUCCCCACGGUGGCUUGGAUGGUGUCGGCCGAGGCCGCCACCAAUCAUGUUGACGCUUCGUUUCUCAUUGCGGACACCGGCUGCCAAAGGCAGGUGGCAGGAUCGGCUUGGCAUGCUCAAAAGGCGUCCGAGAUUCUUCCUCUCGAGCGACUGUUUGCACCCCAGAACUGCAAGUUCAGCUUUGGUCCUGGUCCUGGUCUUCAGAGCCUAGGUCGAUACACCUACCCUGCAGGCAUUGCUGGUCACUGUGUCAUGCUGUCUGUGAGUGAGGUUGAGGUCUCGGCACCGGGAUUGUUGAGCAGAAGAGCAUUGGAAACUUUGGGAGCCGUACCAGAUUUAGUUGCCGGUGAAGUGGUGUUCAAAGCUUUGAAUGGAAGCAAAACCAAGCUUUACUUGUCACCAUGCGGUCCUCCUGAUGUUUGGUGUCCAGGUGCAUUUCUACCGAAGCACGUGAAGCUCGAGAACUUGUCGACAAAUUCGUCAGCGCUCCUGGUGCACCUGAUCGAGUUCAUGACGUCGGUGCAGAAUACGGUGCUGCACUACUCCGCGAUCAGCCUUCGCCCGGCGCUCAAGGACAGCAUCCUCCGGAUCUUCGCACUUCCCAGCACGGCGGCGACUAUGUUGAGCACACCGGCAGCUAUGGCGGCACAGCGAGCAAUGGGUCAGGACAAGUACCUCAAGACGCCGGACAACUGCAAUCAUCCUUCAGGCCUUCGGGGCUAUGCGGCAUCGGGCAUGAAGAUCAUGAUCUGCGACGUGUGCGGCUACCGAGCGGUGGUCAAUCCGGUCACCGGGGCUCAUUUGCCAGCAACUCCAAACGCAACGCCGAGCUCAAAGACGCCGCUCAACCUGUCCGCCAACGCCAAGGCCAAGGUGCUCCCGGGCAAAGCAAAAGGACCAAUUCCGGCACCGCCACCGAGAGCAUCCCGAGACUUCUUGCAGCCCUCCUCAGCGUCAUCGCAGGGAUAUGGUCCGUCACGAGCAGCCGGCCCCAAGUUUCUGCCCAAGCCGAAAGCGAGAACUUCCCAGGUCACGGCGCAAUACUUCGAGAUGAACUCGGAUGCGGGCCGGCCGAGGCAGUGGAGAGCUUCGAGCAGGGCAGGUUCGGACUCGGAGCACAUGAGCGUGACGAGCGAGCCCCCUCCAGAUCCUCCUUUCCGGAGCUGGCGAGAACAGAGGGCUCACUGGGGACAGGUCUCGGAAGGCAUGUUCGGCCAGGACACGGUGAGCCCGGCCCUCGGUCUGGAGCCGGAGGACUGGACCCUGAACGAUUGGGAACAGAACAUCGCGGAGGCGGAGGAGACGGGCGAGGCCCAGCUGUUCGACGAGGAGGAGGACGAGGACGGGGGAGGAGUUCUAAAUGGACUUCUCCAAGGCUCACCGGAUGAACCACUAAGUUCGGAGGACCGGGGCUGUUUUGUGCUUCGCCAAGGGGUCCGAAAGCGACUUCGAGGUGCCUCCAAGGUGUUGCAUUCGGCAUGGGAGUCCGAGGCGAAGAUCUAUGAGACAAGGGCCAAGGCGAGCAGAAGGCUUCGACUCCAUAAGGCAGACCUCGUUGAGAUCCAUGAUGGACCGUUUCAUGUGUCGGAAGAAGCUAUUCGGCUGGGUUUGAAAACACUCCAGCCCCUUACCACAAAGGCGAUCGUCCGUGGCGACCUCACGACCCAGCGGGCAGCUCUACUUCGGUGGAAGCCGUUUCUUGUGAUUUGGAAGGUCCCGGUGAAUGCUCCCGCUCGUGAUUUACUACAAGCAUGGCUGGGUCUGUUGUCCGAGCUCUACGAGAACCAUCGGGUCCAUUUCCUGGUUGGGGGGUGGGACCGUUUGGACACUCAAAGUCAAGAGCUGUUGACUCGCAUCGGCUCUCGAACGUCGAGCUCUCCUACAACCUCCAACAGCUCCUGGCACAGCAGCCUUCCAGAACUAUCAGAACAUUCAGCUUCUGGGGAUUGUCAUCGUGAACCUUCAGCUUCUGGGGAUUGUCAUCGUGAACCUCCAGCUUCGCUCAUGUAUGAAUCCAAGAAGAUUCUCUACGGGAUCACGGAAGCACUUCACCGGCUGGGCGAUGAGAGAUUCUGUGCCAACAGGGGUCCGUGGUCUAGCUCUAUUGAUCAGUGGGACUUGUGGCACUCUGAGGUUGACAACCAGGAUCACUAUUUGAGCUACUUCCUGGAUGUCACGCGGCACGAGGACUCAUGGUCCCCACUCUUGAAAGAGGCUGAAACACGGCUGCGCGACAUGGUCUCCACCGCCGUCACUCUCAAGCCGUCGCCCUUCUUGGAACAGAUCAAGGCAUUGGUUCCUUGGGACCUUAAGCGAGUGCAGAUCUCCCGCACUCCCAAACAGAGACGGGCUCCUACCGAUCUGGUUGCUGAAGGCGUCAAACAUCGAGGUGCAGCUCUUCUCAUGAAUGACUCCACCGUUAUCAUAGAGGCUGAAACUAUGCGUUCGAUUGUGCACGCUCCGUCAAGUCGUUUCGACAAACCGGUUCAGGUCGCUAUCUUCUUCUACGGCAAUGCCCCGGACACCAGCCUGAACCCUGUGGAGAACUCACGUCCUGAACCACCUCGAGAUCCACGACAACAGCGAGCAGAGGAACCAGAGGAUGCGGAGACGAUGCAGCCGCAUCAGGCCGGCUGUCGGGACAUUAGUUUUCCUGGAGCACAGGACGUUCCAAGAUGGUUGUGCAAUGUCCUUCGAAGGUUGCACACAAACCUUGGUCACCCGGCCAAGGAAACCUUGGUGCGGCAACUGGUUCUUUCCGGAGCUUCCUCGCUGGCGGUCAAGGGAGCUCGUUGUCUCCAGUGCGAGGUUUGUCGACGGGUUCAACCACCUCGUGAACCACGUCCUGCCCGGGCGUUUACUCCCAGGCGUUUCAACGACCGCCUCUACAUGGACAUACUGUUCUUGAAGGAUGUGCAAGGGACAGUGUACGGUUACCUGAGCUGCGUGGACGAUGCCACUUGCUACCACUCGGUUCAGUACCUUCCCGACCGCCAGGAAAUGACGGUGAUCCAAACAUUGAUGAACGGUUGGUACUCGUUCUUCGGAGCUCCAGACGAACUGGUGCUAGAUGCUGAGGGUGCCUUCCGAGGUUUGCGUUUCGAAGUGUUACAGAUUCAGUGCGGCACCAAGCUUCGAUGUGUGCCAGCCGCGAUGCUCACUGGCAACUCGGCCGCGCCGAACGUCAUGGACAAGCGCUCCGAUAUGUUUGUUCCCGGCUGGUGUCGCAAUUUGCUCCGACUACUGUGGCGGAGAUGA